AUGCUCCGGGCUCUCCAGCCGCGGCCGUGGACCUGCCAGAGGUGCCUUGUGCGGAUAAAGGCCGGCACUUCUCGCGGUUUCUCGGUGGCAGCACCAGAACGUACGAGAUUUGAACAGGCUGCAGCAGGGCUAUCCGCAGCAAAGAGACACGAUGAUACCAACCUACGGCUUGUCUUUGAUUCGAACUCGUUCUGGCGACAGUUUUCCCAGCGGCAAUCGGGCUCCUCGAAGCGUACAGGCCUGCUGCAGAACCAGUAUCUCACCAACCCGGAGGGAUUUCGCAAAUUCGCCCAUAUCUCUCUUCACAAAUGUCAGAAGAUUGUUGGCAAGGUGCUGGCAGCUUCAACUCUGGAUGAAUUCAGGGGCAUGGCCCGGGAUCUCGACCAGUUGAGCGACCUGCUCUGCCGGGUGAUAGAUAUGGCCGAGUUUAUGAAGACGAAUCACCCUGAUCCUGCGAUACAAGAGGCUGCUACGGAGGCAUUUGCAUUUAUAUUCGAGUACAUGAACAUCCUCAACACAACUCCCGGCCUCCAUGAACAGCUAAAGCGGGCAAUAGAAAACACUGAAGUUACCUCCCACUGGAGCGAGGAGGAAAACGUUGCGGCCGCUGCUUUCCUACGAGACUUUGCGAAGUCUGCCAUCCACCUGCCUCCCGAGGAUAGACAUCGCUUUGUAACACUGUCAAAUGAAAUAAGUCAGCUUGGUCCUGACUUUGUUAAAAACAUGAACCCGGAGACGUCUCAGCUGAGCUUUAACAAAAACCAGCUUCAGGGGUUGGAUCCGGCUCUCCUUCGAAAGCUGAAACGCUGGUCAAAAGUGAUUAUUCCGAUGUACGGUUCAACUCCAAAGACCGCGUUGAGUACGGUUGAAGACGCGGAGGUCAGGCGCCAGAUUCACCUAGCUUACCGAACUUCUUCCCGAGAGCAAAUUGGACGGCUGGAGACAUUGCUUCAGCGGAGAGCAGAGCUGGCCAAAUUGUCUGGAUACCAGAGUUAUGCCCAUAUGACUUUGAGUGAUAAAAUGGCUAGGACCCCGGAGGCCGUGGUCAACUUCCUCUCGUCACUAAACGCAAGCAACCGCGGUCAGCUAGACGAUGAAUUGUCCAAGUUGCUUGCGCUCAAGCAGAUCGAAAACCCAUUGGCAUCCAACCUUCAGCCUUGGGAUUACUCCUACUAUAUGGAAAAAUAUUAUGUCAAGCACGGCCGAGCAAGAAGAUCGCGGGAUGCUGAUUUGCUUCCUUCAUUCUUCUCACUGGGAACAGUGAUGCAGGGGCUUUCCCGUCUUUUUACCCACCUAUACGGUGUCAGGUUUGUUCCAAGUGAAGCCUUACCAGGAGAGACCUGGAACCCAGACGUCCGUAAGCUGGAUGUUUGGGACGAGGAUGACAACCAUAUCGCCGUCGUAUACUGCGAUCUUUUUUCACGGCCGGGCAAGAGCCCCAACCCGGCCCAUUUUACCUUACGAAGUUCAAGAGAGAUUUCUCCUGCUGAGAUAGCAGAGUGUGCUUCGUUGCCGGAUUCACCCCAUCCAAAUGAUGGAAUGGCUACAGCUUUAAGGCCAGGCACAAAGCGACUUUACCAGCUCCCUACUAUUGCGCUUAUAUGCGAUUUCGAUACUCCAGCGUCCAAUACUCCUUCAGCACCGCCAUCUCUCCUCUCAGAACAUAGCGUUAGGACCCUCUUCCACGAGAUGGGCCACGCUAUCCAUUCAGUUCUUGGCCGCACGGAUCUCCAAUCGAUCUCAGGGACCCGUUGCGUCACCGACUUUGCGGAGCUGCCCUCUGUCCUGAUGGAAAGCUUCGCCAUGGACCCACAGGUUCUUCGCCUAUACGCUCGGCACUGGUCAACCGACGACCCAUUGCCUGAAGAUAUGGUUCAGAAUAUCCAUUUAAAUCGCCAGAACCGUGAUAGCAUACAUGGUGGCAUGGAUAAUGAGACGCAGAUCAUUAUGGCGUUGAUGGACCAGGCCUACCACACCACCUCAGCUGGAUCCCACAUCGAUAGUACUGCUAUCCUGCAUGCCGUGUCCUCCAAGAACAGCAGCAUACCCGACCCUGCAGACUCCAAGACUGCAUGGCAAGGUUAUUUUACCCAUUUGUUUGGUUACGGGGCAACUUAUUAUAGUUACUUGUUUGACCGAGCUAUAGCCAAUAAGAUUUGGUCUGAUGUGUUUGGGGGUGGCGAACUUUCAGUUGAUAGGAAUGCUGGCGAGAGAUUCAAAAAUGAGGUACUGAGAUGGGGAGGGGGUCGUGAUGGUUGGAGCUGUGUUGCUGGCGUCCUCGGGACAAGCAACGCCGCCAAUUCUAAUGGGAGGCUUUCCGAAGGUGGCGAAGAAGCCAUGCGAGAAGUUGGCCGUUGGGGUCUUGGUAAGACAGGAAGUUCGGAGCCAUAA